AUGCAAGAAGAGAUAAAGGAAGAAGGAGGAGAGCCACAUCAAUGCAAUGAUCCUAAUCAUGAUCACUCCCAGCAUUCCCAUCCCUAAGGACAUCCUCAUGGCCAUCCCCAAAUGAGACCAUAAAUGUAAACUCUAGAGCCACAUCAAUACAAGAGUUGGAUCUGCAUCUAUCCAUGCUACUUCAACUCAAACAAAUCACUUCAAGACGGUAUAAGACCUGAUAGAUUAACCAUUUAUAGGUAGAAGAGUCCCUAAAUCAAAAGCUGUGCCAAAUCCCACAAAAUGCACCCAAAAGAUUGGCUUCAUCCAGGCAGAAUAAAGGUUCAAGUGUUUGACGAAUUGGGAAACAAUACUCAUCCAAAGAUUCUAAAUAAGAAGCUACUUUUCGAUUGCAUUUGUGAUUUAUUGCCAAAGCACAAGGUUAGAAUGGAAGCCCCACCUAAAGAGAUUAUUGAUGAAAAGAGAAAUCAAGUACUCGCUGCCUUAAAGAAAGAGAGACUAGAAAGAUAGAAGGAUUACAAUAAGAGGGGUAUCAGAACAACAAAGAAAAAGAAUAAGCCAUCUGAUGAGGCUGCUGCGUUUAUUCACGGAACUUACAAAGUUUAGUUCUAAAUCAAUUACAAAACUGACUUUGGCCAAGAUGUGUACAUUGUUGGAGGGGUACCAGAAUUAGAAUAGCCUAGGAGUUCAAAUCUAUUGCAAGGUAGUUUAAUGAUUAGAUUUAAUCCAUAUGUAGUUGAUAUCUGGGAAAGUUUCAUUAUAGUAUUCUCAAUCUAUUACCCUCUGAAAGAUGAAGUUAAUGAGUUCAUGAGGAUCAAUGGAGAUCUUGAGAAACUAGGACUGUGGAAUAAAGGUACAGGUCCAAUUAGGAUGACCAAAGGAGAAGAAAUCACAUGGCUUACUGGAUAAAAAGUUAGACCAUGGGAGUUUAAAGUGAAAUUAUCACAUUUGGAUUUUAAGCAGAGAGUAACUUACAAAUACUCUAUUAAAAAUGAUAAAGAAGAUUAUACUAUUUGGGAAAGAGAGCCAUCAAGGUAUGCUUAAAUAGGAGAGCCUCAUAAUUAUGAUGGUCUAUUAGGAUAGAGAGGCACAUCUAGAUGGCCUAAUGUAGAGAAUGUAUAUAUAGUAAAUGGAGUGAUCAACAAGGCUGAUGCUAAUUUUGUAGGAGGACUUUCAUUCGAUAAGAUCGCAGAUACUGGAAUUUUCAUUGGUCCUUACCCAUAAUUAGAGUAGGAUGUGAAAGUUAUGAGUGAAGCAGGAGUAACAGGUGUGUUAAAUGUAUAGACUGAGAUAGAUAUUGCUCAUAGAGGCAUCAAUUGGCCAAGAAUGGUUGAGUAUUACAAUCAUUAUGGAAUAAAGCCAAUUCAUUAUCCUAUUCAUGACUUUAAUGAAGAAGAUUUGAAGGCAAAAAUCAAAGGUGGAGCUGAAAUACUCAAUCAAAUGAUAAAUGAUGAAGGACUUCAAGUGUAUGUACAUUGCACUGCCGGAAUGGGAAGAGCUCCUGCUUGCGUCCUUACUUAUCUUUGUUUAUACUAAGAUAUGGAGCCAGAUGAAGCUGAUUUAUUUGUAAAAUAACACAGGAAAGUUUCAGUUCCAAAUAUGAGAGCUGUUAAAGAGAUAGUCAGCAAAUAUAAAUGA